AUGGAGUUGACACUUUUUCUGGAGUGUUAUGCAUUGGUGGAAGCUGAAAUUCAGCCAACGAAGCAUUCGGAUACUCAAGUUGAACUCUUCCAUCAAUACUUUUCCUCCAGUGUUUUAUAUCAAUUCUGCAUGCAUAGACAAGAAGAACGCCCACGAAUACAUAAGAAGAUUUUCAACUUCUUACUGAAAGAAAGCGCUGGAUCCUUGAGCUGCAUCAAUGAGGACGAUUUGAAGAAGGAACAAAUGUCUCUUCCAUUUCUUAAAUUUCCCGGUUUGGUGCAAAUCGAAGUGAUAAAACAACUCGAAUUAAGAGAUGUAUUCUGGUUGAGUUUAUGCUCUAAACAUAUGAAACAUGUCAUUCGAAGUGCCGAAUUGAGGCCGAAGAGAGUUCAUUAUUUAGUCGCAUACAACAGAAUUCAGGUUGCUCUCAGAUUCUUGGAACAUAAUGACAAUGUACACCCUUUGGUACUCGUGAGGCGUAUUUCGUAUGGUGAUACAAAAGAUUUGAAAAAAAUGAAAAUGGGAGGAGCAACUAUAAAAAGCAGAUUUAUCAAAUCUACUGAAUCUAAAAAUUUCAAUCACUAUCUCGAAUACCUCCAUUCAGAGCAAAAUGUGGUUAUCAAUUCACUCCAGCUUCACAUUAAUUAUAUAUUUCGAAAUGAACCACGAGUUCAGAUCAAUGUUUAUUGCACGGAUUCCUUGAGUUUAUCAACUCUUAUCAAGAAUGCAAAAGACUCUUUUGUCAUUCAGAGAUUAUUCAGUACGGCGACACUAGAAUACUUUUUGAAGAGACAUCCGACUCUAGAGAGUCUUCAUAUAAAAUCAAACUUUACUGAUGAAAAAUUGCAAGAGGACGCAAAGUUAUGGAAACUUGACAGACUAGCGUUUCGGAAUUCUGAAGACAUGACACCAAUGCUUAUGAGAAAAUUCAAUGGUCGUUAUAUGAUUCUCGACAAUUCUAACUACAGUAAAGAAUUUUGGCAGGAGUUGAUCCGAAAAUGGAUAAGAAGAGAGUCAUAUCACAACUUGCAAGCAGUAAUCACGCGAACUCAUCACAAUUUGUUUAGAGUUAUCAACUGGAGGGAAUUUUGGGCGGAAUGCAAUGCGAUGAAAUGGGACGGUUUGAGAAGACCAAAGCAUUUCAAAUUUGAUCCGAAAAUAAUCGACUUCGGUCUGUAUGAACCAGAGGAAAUCGACUGCUCCGAUUAUAUUGAUAUUCAGCAAACUGGCGGGGGUAAAUGGGCCUCGAUCAGGGAUACUGGCUAUGCAGUACACUUUUUUGUAUGGGAUUGA